AUGGCGCCGUCCAAGUGCACGAUCGCCUUCCUCCUCCUCUUCGCCGCCGUGGCAGCCAGCCUCGGCCCCUCGUCGGCGGCCAGGGUCCAGCCGCAAGCGGAAGAGGCUGCUCCGCAGCCGCCGUCCUUCUGGCGGCCACGGAUACCGAUCCCCUGCAUCCCCGGCCUGCCGCGUCCCCGGUUCUUGCCACCCUGCGACGGCUCCGGCGCGCCGCUGCCGCCGCUGCGACCACUGCCACCAGCACGACGGGUGCCGCUCCCGCCAAUCCCCUGCAUCCCGGGGCUGCCGCGCCCCCGGUUCCUGCCCCCCUGCAACGACUCCGGCGCGCCGGCGCUGCCGCUCCCGCCGAUCCCCUGCAUCCCGGGCCUGCCGCGGCCCAGCUUCCUGCCACCCUGCGGCGGCUCCAGCUCCGGCGCCGCGGCGCCGGCGCCGCCCUCGCCGCAGCCGGCGGAGUGCAGCACGCCCCUGUCGGGGCUGGCGGCGUGCGCGGACUUCCUCGGCGCCAACGCCACCAGCUUCCUGGCGGCGCCCGCGGCGGCGUGCUGCGACGGGGUGAGGUCGCUGGUGAAGGACGCGCCCGUCUGCCUGUGCCACGUGAUGAGCGGCGAGCUGCGCCCGCGCGCGGCGGCGCUCCCCCGCGCGUGCGGCGUCGCGGUGCCCUUCGGCACGCUUCGCCAGUGCCUCAGGGGGCCCGUGCCGCCGAUGGACGCGCCAGCGCCGCCGUCGUGA